AUGACCUCUCCAAGUAUCGGAAUGCCAAAAAAUCUAAGUUAUUAUAAAUCGCCUCAGAACUCAGAACUUAUACGCCAGAAGGGUACAGGCGGCUCGAGCUCGAAGCCUACGGAGUCAGUAGACAGACGAUCGGGCAGUAUUACAACAGGUAAAGGCAAGAUGGCAACGGGUGGCAAGGUGAAUUGGGACCCUGACGUCGAUUCCGCCAAUAACAGGAAUGAAAGGCCCGAGGAGGCAGGGCACCGAGAAGGACCCAGUUUAUUAGAAGUUUGGAAGCAGGGCAAGGCGGAUAGCCGGGAAAAAUAUCUCGGUGAUCCGAUGGGACAGGCCUCGAUGGCCGAUCAAGCUAAUCAGCUCUCUAGUGGCGACAUUAUUGUGCUCAUAUUCGUCCUGGUGUGCCUGGUCGGUCUGCCACUAGGACUCAUAAUGUGCUGUCUGAGCUCAAGGCGCCGUCGAUUUAAUCGGCGGAGAGGCAAAUAUUUCCACCAUCGCCAGCGGCAAUCUCAACAGGACUUACGGAGGCAGCAGUGCAGAUUCGGUACAAGGACAGACCGAGAGGGGGCGACAGUGAGGUUAACGGAAGAGGAAGAAGGAAGAGAGAGUGGAACAGAAAGUGGUUCCAGGAGACACACGGAUGCUGAGGCAUUAGCAAACGACUCAGUAGUUAUGCGUCCCAAUUCCAGCAAAGGAGCCAUCAAUCCUCUCAUUAGCACUAACAUUUACAUUGCUAUGACGCCAAAUUCGGAUGCAGACCCCCCCAGCGAUACAGUCAACAGCCUUCUCAGGAGCCCGCCUGCACACUCCGCGACGGUUGCCCCCAGCCUCACCGAGAAGUAUAACAGUCUCCGCCUUGCUGUGGCGGUCAGUGAUUCGGCAAAGCGACGCCUCAGGUCACUACGGCAGACAGCCAGUCGCUCGUGUUGCUCGUGGCACGAGGAGGUGAGCAAACGGGACAUCAGUAUCAGUCUGAACAGUAGCAAUAAAAUGAGCAUCAGUCGGCGCAUCUGCAAGGGAAAACGUGCAGACCGAGGGAUAGAAGAGAAGAUGAUGGCUGUGGCGAAACCAUCGAGCCGACUCGGCUGCGUGUCUCGAGGAGACGAGGUGGCUAAAAGUCACGAUGGUGCAGAGCCGAGGGAAGAGGACAGAACGGCUCAGGCUGAAAAGCUAAGGAACUCGUGGAAGAUGGCAAGGCAAGAGUGCCAACAGGACACAGUCGCCCAUUCGGUCCGUCGAGUCUGUAGCCUAAAAGUUGUCCAGUCCCGGCGGAUGACAUUUGGCGUACAAGACACUCAAAAUGAAGCCGAUACAGAGACAGGAGUCAGAGCCGAGGCAACAAAAGCACCAAUACGUCGGCGUAGCGACUGUGAAAUUGCAAGUUGUGCUGUUAUACCGAGAAAGCGGGCGCUUAAAAGAAGCCCAAGUAUGUCAUCACCACAAACGCUGCAGAAGAUAGUAGUUACAGCGUCGUCAUUCGAACCCCUUAAUAAGAAACCUAUUAAAUCACACUCCAACUCACAAGAGACCUUUGCUGUGGGACAAGAAGAGCAAGGCAGCCCGACCUGUGAAACGAGCUCAGAUGCGAGCAAAACACCUGCGGAUCCUAAUAGUGGGAAAGAAAAAAGCAGCAGCCUAAGCAGUCAACCAUGUUUCUCAGUCCGCCCGAUUCUGAUUCAGAGUUUCCAUUCACUACAUCGACGCUUCUCUCGAGCACCUAGCAGCAGGAGCGAAGACUAUCGAAAAGAAAUACGACUGUCUUUAGCCACUAACCCAACUGGUUUCACAUUAGCCAACGAAUUUGAAGGACUGGGUCAAAGUAAAAAAAUCCAGGGGCCUACACACGAGACAUGGCUGGAUGUCAGAUCUAAUAGUAAAUCAGAAAUGAAGAAAAAACCUGAUAAUGAAGAAAACGAUAAAGGUGGAGCAGAAACGAAGCUGGAGACUGAAGAGCCCUGUCUUAGAGCCAAACUGAAGCCGCGCCAGGCAAGAUGGCGAGAAGCGUACAGACAAAGUCUCGCUAUUGGCGUUGGUUACUCAGAUUUGGGACUUCCACAACCAAGAAGGGCAACAGCAAAUUAUCGUAUACAUCGUUCGAUAAGCAUCUGGUCAGAUGCCGAGCGCAGCCAGCUUACCAACCCAGGCCUGAUGGGCAGCAUGAGCGCUUGCGCCCUUACAACGAGAAAUACUAGUGUCGCGACACGUGAAGGGGACACGACCAUGCAAAGCCCUAGCCCGAGUCCGAGUUCACUCCUCCAGCUGCAGCAGAUGACGGUCCCCUGUAAAACUAAUACGCAAAGGGCAGAAUCUGUCCCAGUGGAGAGAACAAACAGGCCAGUCACCGUGGUACCAGCAGGAUCAGCGUCAACCAGACACUCAACAGCCAUGAGGACGGCCCCGAUUGCCAUGAUGGAUACAUGUGCAAGGUUUUCACCCUGGCCGAUUAUAGCCAAAAGAGUUACCAAAUCAGAAGCGCAAUCGGCCCUUCCCUUAGACCCUACUCCGCCAAAAAUUAAUUAA